CGUCUCUCAUGGGGAUUGUGUUUCAGGUCGGGAUCUGGAGAGAGAGUGUGGUCACCAACUGUCAGCGAAGAUGGAAAGAUAAGUCCGUUCGCCGAGCCUGAUGCACAGAAUUUCCGUCCCAUCAGCAGCAGUUCUGGCAGCUACGGACGUAAACCUUCGUACACCUCUGAUCCACAGUCCCCUCUCACUCCUCAGCCCACUCACCUGAACAAUGGACACACCAGACCCAACAACGGCCACAGCUAUGGAUAUGGGAACGGAACUGGGCAUGCUCAGUACAACAACCCAGCAGGGCUUUAUGCUCACAAUGGCAGCAACGGGGACAGAUCCCUGCCAGGCAAGAUGGGGGGUCUCAGCCUGAGCGCCACACACAGUCCAGAGCCUCCUCCGCAGUCCCCAGUGAGUCGUAAUGGUUUCGACCCCCAGUCAGAUGUCUACAAGAUGCUUCAGGACUACGAAGAGCCCGUCUCUGCGCCCAAACAGUCUGGCUCCUUCAAAUACCUGCAGGAGAUCCUGGACGCUGAGGACGGAGGUUUGUCACCAACAGAAAGAAUGAGAAGCUUAAGAUCUCCGGUCAGGUCACCCAUACCAAAGCUGGGCAGCCCGAUCCCCAGCCCCAUGCCUGGUCUGCAGAAGCUCCCCCAGUGCUCACGCUGCUGCAACGGCAUCGUUGGCACAAUCGUAAAGGCCCGGGACAAACUCUACCACCCAGACUGCUUCAUGUGUGACGACUGCGGCAUCAACCUGAAGCAGAGAGGCUACUUCUUCAUUGAGGACAGUCUGUACUGCGAGACCCACGCCAAGGCCCGCGUCCAGCCGCCUGAGGGCUACGACGUGGUCGCCGUGUAUCCUAACUCCAAGGUGGAGCUGGUCUAAGAGGACGAGACUGGCUUCAUCUGUAGCAGAAACGGGGAAACCAAAAUCUAGUGGAGUGAGGAGCUGAGCGUCGUCACCAGCUGUGAUCAGGCUCUGUCGCGUAGGACUGCUGAUCUUGGAUCAGUUUUGCCUCCCUUGGUGGGGGGGAGUGGUGUGAAAUUUCCAUGAUCCCAGAUCAGCGCUCUCACUCUGACAGGUUUGAUUAAUGCUGUGCAUAUUGAGCAGAUUGAAAUUUCUAAGUUGAAGCCUGGAACUGAAGAAUCUCCAAAAACCAUUAAUUUGGAAACUCCAUUAUUCAUCAUUCAUUGAAUCGUGUUUUAACCUAAUCCAAGAAAACAAAAUCACCUGCACUCAUAUACAAAGAACUGUGUUCACAUGCUUCCAGAUCACAGAUAGUAGUCUAAUAUUUAAUGUCAUUUAUAAAACUCACAAUGCACAUUUAAAAGAUGAGACAAAAACUAAAACUGAUUUCAAGAAGUACAUCCGUUUUCUGCUUAUAACAAUUUUCACUUUGCAGAUCCAUGUGGUCUGCAGUGAUCUGUGGCUUACGUUUCGGUUAAGGGGUUAAAGCAUCAUUUUAACAGUACUACAGCUAAAUAUUGUUCUUGUUCUGUUUCUAACUUACUGGCAGUUCACUUUUCACUUUUUAAUGCUGCAAAUACGACUUUUUUCCUCCUAUUAGUAAACUUUACCACAGCAUCUCACGGUGUGUCAGAAACGUCGAUCAGAAACUCAGAGCUCAGAUUCAGAGGAAAGUAUUUUGUAGAAAAUGCCUCUGUAUGCAGAGUGAACUGUUACUCUGCACGUAUUUUCACAUUAAGAUAAGAUAUUUUUAUACAGCUUUACAUCCACAUGUCCAUCAACUUUAUGGUCACUUUGCAGUGGAUUUGUUUGUUUUGGGGGUCAGGAGAAGAACUGGAUCAAUAAGGUUAAAUACUUUUAUACCGAAUUGAUCAAAGAUAUGCAUGCAAUAUCAAAUAUGUACAUACAUCCCUCCUAGUAUUUGGCUAGAUAUCUCUUAAGUUGUACUUUAACUACAUGUUUUAUUGCUAUAAUCAAACUUCUGGCAAAAAUCCUAUUGGAUGUUAAACCUGAUUGAAAAACGUUGGUUCCUAACCCUGAACCGUCUGCGUAGCGUAGACCAGAGAAACGUUUCAGUUUCAUUUGAAAACCAGUUUUGAUUAGAGAUUCAGAUUAUUAUCCAGUUGGAACCUAAAUGGUUUUUAAUUUUUCUAACAGUUGUCCUUCCACCGCUGUGCCGAUCACAUUGAACCCUGUCUUCUUAUCUUAUCAGUGUUUGUCUUUGCCUGAUCAUAAAACUUUUCUCCAGAAGAUAUUUGGCCUUUAAUGUGAGAUUAUGUAACUGCAGCAAAAGAGAAAUUUAUUUUAAAGCUUUCUAAGUUAUUUAGUUAUUAAAUAACUUGUUAAAGUACAACUUAUAAUGAUACUUCCAGUGACUUUAAAAUGUGUCAUAAAAAUGUCAAUAAAUCUGAGCUUAAAACAAAUGAACUCUUUGUCCUGAAGCUUGGAAUCCGGCCAUUUGGAGCAGAGUACAGAUCUUUUUCUGAGGAUGUUUUCUUACUUUUGCACCUGACUGGGAGAGGAAUUUCAGCUAUUGCUCUGAAGCAUUCCUGCUCACAUAAACAAGACUCCCUGGGUGUUUUUAAAGCCUCCUCAGGCUGAAACCAGAACCCCCUUCUUCUCCUGACAGUUUUAAAUAUGACUUUAUGCAUCUGAGACUAGAGGCAACACAAUGGAAACGGUUUCAAAUAAAAUUAAAAACUAGUAAACUUGGACUUUACAACAUGUGGGAGUAAAACCUGCUGCUUCGGGUUUUCUUGGUGCCAAACCGUCUUAUUGGGAGAGAAAAAAAGAGAGAAAGUGAGAAUACGGAUGUAUGUGCAUCUAUUUGUACCCUUAAGAAUCCAUGAGUCCGCUUAGAGCUAAGGUCAUGAAGCCAAUAACAUUUAUUUCUCCAUUUCCUCUGAGGAGACAGGAAAGUGUCAGGAGGGAGAAGACUGGAGAUGAUAUGUAACUUCCUUUCCUGGAAUAAUAAAAACGGCGUCAAUUUGUGACCAUCAGUCUUAUUAUGAAUAGUGAAGUGAACUGGAGGAGAACGAUAUUAAUCUUAAUUUUAGGAAAAUGUCUAACAGUUAUUUUUUUAAUCUGAAAGAAGAGUGAAUUUUGCAGUAGUUCCUCCUUUUUUAGCUUCUUUGCUCGUAAUUUGUUUAAAUUAUGUGAAAACCUUUAACACCACAUGCUGUCUUUGAUCUUGUACAUAUUUUGUUUCAUUGGGAUUGGUUUAGUAUAACAUCUCACUUAUAGACCAUUUGCAUUUCAUGUAUCUUUAAACAAUUUCUUUGAAAAAAGUUUGUAUUUUUUCCUCUGUUGUUUAACUUAUUGUACUGCCAACACAUUUUUCCUGUUUGUGUUUUUUUGUAUUCAUUGUCAUUUACUGUUCUUUCUUGGUUUAAAUAAAAUGAAAACUAUAA